AUUAUUAUGAACUCGCGACGAAACCACGUUUGUCAUUCUUUUCCGGCAUCUAUAGUCUUGUAAACCACGGUGGCUUUAUUCUGAAGCUAUCGCUAGCGUUGAAGUGUUCGUAUACAAAAACGCUCGCUGUGAUAUUUUGCCGCCUCCUGACAAGACCCCGCACCCCGCUCCGCCGACUCAGGGGGGUCGGAGCCAGGAUAGACGCUCUUUUGUUUCCAUUUUUAUUUUCGCGAAAGCAAUCGUUUAUACCAACUUUAACCUGAGUGCAAAGUUCCAUUGCUUAUCUUGGGGGCCACAAUCCGCGAUCAUUUGUUCUCCGUCCUUGGGUGCUUGUGUGAAGAGCAAUUCCGAUCUCCGCACCGUUUAAACAAAUCAACCUCCGAAAAUGCCGCCAGUCUUGCACUGUGUUCGGCACGCCCAGGGCUUCCACAACCUUAACUAUGCGAAUCACAUUCUCCCCGAUCCCCUCCUUACGCCCCACGGGGAGACUCAAUGCCGGAAUCUCCUUGUGAAUUUUCCUUUCCAUGCUAACGUGGAGUUAAUUGUCGCUUCGCCAUUGAGAAGGACAAUAUACACUGCGCUGUUAGCUUUUGAAGUACCAUUGAGGGAAAAAGGAUUGAAAGUCAUUGCCUUGCCCCAUGUUCAGGAGACAAGCGACGUGCCAUGUGACAUAGGGAGUGACCUUGAGGCGCUGGCGAAGGAAGUGAGAGAAAAGGACCUCCCAGUUGACCUUUCGCUGGUGAUGGAAGGCUGGAACGACAAGACUCAAUCGAAAUGGGCGCCGAACGCCAAAGCUAUUUCGGCUCGCGCGCGUGAAGCGCGUCAAUGGCUGAAGUCAAGACCUGAAAGGGAAAUCGUCAUGGUAUCCCAUGGUGGCUUUUUGCAUUAUUUUACUGAAGAUUGGCAGGACAGUACGUUGUACACAGGCACCGGCUGGGCAAACACUGAAUUCCGAACCUACGAGUUUACCGCCGUGAUCCACGACGACGAUUUAUACGGACACAAAAUCGACGGGGACAAUGCUUCCAUCAUGGAAACGAUUGAUUCCAGGAAACGACGAGGGAGGGCUGAAGCGCCUGCACCGCGAGACUUGCAGAAGCAGUUCUUUGUGCAGGCCAUGAGGGGGUGGGAGAACCAGCUAAUUCAGAACUCUGUGGACGAGAAGGAGAAAGAAGAGAUUAAACAGAAGCAGCCCAUCCAUGUGGAUGCGAGUUGUUAAUAUGCAUAUGGCGGGGUUUUGUGUCUUGAUUCAUUCCGCACUUGUGACGUUAUUUUUACGGCCGCUAGAGAAAGGGACGUAUAGACGCGAUAGAAGGGUCGACGAGCUACUCGAGUAGACCAGCAGCUUACUUUGGAAGGUUAAAUAA